UCAGACGUUGAAAUUCAGCGGGUAUUUAUAUCACAGUAAAGGUCCAGGCAACAUAUUCAUACGAAGAAAAAUUAUAGUUUGAAACCAGAUCCCCCUAGUUCACUCAAGCAUUUGUAUAUAUUUUUUUGGUGAAAUUCUUAAUCUCGCUAUGACCGAGUUCUGUAACGGGGAGCCUUUUUGGGACUCAGAACUGACCUGGACCAACAACUCAUGGCCACAGUUUACAGGAUGCUUCCAGAACACAGCAUUGUUGCUCACACCAUGUGCUGUGCUGUGGGUCAUGACACCAUUCUACAUCCUCGGAUUGUUACGAUCAAAAGAGGUUUCAAGACCUUUGGGAUUUUUGUUUUGCGCAAAACAGUUCUGCGGUUUAGUGACGGGGUUACUUGCUGCAUUUGACCUUAUAAAAGCGGCAAGCAGUUCAGAGGGAUUUAAUGAUGAGUGCCUUUCUUCACUGAUUUGGAUCCUUACAUCACUCCUUCACGGUUGCCUCAUGGUGGCUGACAGGUCCAAAGGUGUGUGGAACUCACCCCUUACCUUUGUGUUUUGGCUACUUUCGUCUCUGGCUCGACUCAUUCCAUUCUACUCUGCAUUUGAGCUUGAAAUGUACAAGUCAGACCUGGUGUGGUUUGCCAUUGCCUGUCUUCAUUAUGUCUCGGCCACAGUAGCUUUCUUCCUCAACUGCUUUUCAGAGUACAGGGGCCAAGAGGGAGUGGAACAUCACCCGGCAAUAACAGCGUCUCCCCUGUCAUGGCUCAUCAUAUCUUGGAUGACACGGUUGGUUAUUAGAGGUUUCCGAUUUACAUUAAAAGCUGAGGACGUGUUUCCUUUGAGAGUUCAAGACACAAGUGAACCCGUGGUGCAGGAGUUCCUCUGCUACUGGCAAACCCAAUCAUCCAGUUCUCCAAAGUCAAGGCGAACACGAACCAGAAAGAAAGCUUUGGACGAAGAACCUUACAAUGAAGCCACACCGUUACUUGCAGGAAAAAGUUACGAUUCAAACAUCAACUCUAACAAGGGUCAGCUGUACUCAAGCAAUAUUAAGCUCUACAGUCAUAGCUUGAGCAUUGAGAAUGCUAAAAAUGUGUGUGAUGAGAUGACAGUGGAGGAAUCCAGAGGUAAAAGGUCUUUUUUCUUGGCCUUGGUUCAGUGUUACUGGUUCAAGAUGCUGAAAAGUCAUCUACAGUUCUCAUUACCAGUGCUUGGAGACAUCGCAAACCCUUUUCUGCUUGGUCUCCUAAUGAGCUACAUAGACAAUAUGGAAGAGAGGGCGUGGCACGGCUAUGUAUUUGUCCUUGGCCUUGUGGGAACCAGACUCGUUACGUGCCUCAUGGAGUACUCUGCUCAGUUCAUGACGGUGUCAGUUGCAAUCAGAAUGCAAAGUGCAGCUAUCUCCACAGUAUUCAGAAAGUCUCUGACGAUGAGUUCAGAGGCCCGGAAAACAUCCACGGUAGGGGAAAUUGUCAACCUGAUGUCCGUUGACUCUGCCAACAUCCAAGAGGCCGUCACUUGGUCCUUUUGGUCAUGGAGGGCUCUCAUCUACCUGGCCUUUGCCAUCUAUUUCACCUACACAGUGGCGGGCAUCGCUUUAUUGGCAGGCCUGGGCUAUGUUACUCUCAACAUUGUUGUCAACUUUUGGGUCACUCAGAAAAUGCGCCAGUAUCAGAAUGAAGUUAUGGUGGUCAAAGACGAAAGAGUUAAAGUUAUGUCCGAGGUUCUGAAUGGGAUCAAGGUCAUCAAGCUAUAUGGCUGGGAGCCAAUGUUUAUCAAACGGAUUCAAGAAAUCAGAGAAAGGGAAUUGAAAAUUCUCUUGAAGAGUGCAAUGCUGGAUGGUUUCGACUCCUUUGCGUGGUCUGCUGCAUCUCUGUCCUGGAUGAUGUUUUUCAUUUUAUUUACGUAUGUCUACACUGACAGCAGUCAUCAUUUGGAUGCUCAAACAACUUUUCUCACCAUGAACUUUAUCGACCUGCUGCAACUGGCAGUUAAUGUUAUGCCUAUCAUGGUCAAAAUCUGGGUCAAGGCAGCAACAUCUGUGAAAAGAAUGAGCAAGUUUUUGAAUUCCCAAGACUUGCCCCCGGCAAACCUGUAUCGAGACACAACAGACAGUUUAGCUGUCAGAAUAGAGAGUGCAGACUUUGCCUGGGAAAAGAAAGGACUAAAGACGCUACAAAACAUCAACGUGUCGGUGCGCCCGGGGCAGCUGGUUGCUGUAGUUGGCAGCGUUGGGGCUGGAAAGUCUUCACUCCUCUCCGCUGUCCUUGGUGAGAUGCAUCGACUGACAGGCUACUCAAACAUCAACUCUAGCGUUGCCUAUGUGCCUCAACAAGCCUGGAUCCAGAACAACACAAUCAGGGAGAACAUUUUCUUCGGAAAGUCCUGCAAUCCUGACUACUAUGACAGAGUCAUUCGUGCCUGUGCUUUACAGUCAGACCUGGAAAUAUUGCCUGCUGGUGAUAAGACAGAAAUAGGAGAAAAGGGUAUCAACUUGUCCGGUGGUCAGAAACAACGAGUGUCUCUGGCACGGGCUGUGUACAGUGACGCAGACAUCUUCCUCCUGGACGACCCACUUAGUGCGGUAGACAGCCAUGUCGGAAGACACAUAUUCAACCAGGUCAUCGGCCCGCAAGGAAUUCUUCAGGCCAAGACUCGCGUGCUGGUCACCCAUGGAAUCCACUGGCUACCUCAUGUUGACCACAUCUACGUCAUGAACAAUGGCCAGAUCACGGAAGCUGGCACAUACCAGGAGCUCCUGUCUCACAAUGGGCCUUUUGCCCAGUUCUUGACCCAACAUUUACAACAGGAUGAAGAGGAAGGACAUGAAGACAAUUCUGAUGAGGAAGAGAAAGAAGUUAAAGCGAGUAUGCUGAAGAGGCUGGUGUCAAUGACAUCAGAGAGCGAGGACCCUGACCUUGGCCUACUGGAGGAACUCACCCAAGGUACUCGAAAGCGGACAUACGGAUCUCGCCAAAGUAGCAUCCGUGAACGUAAACAAAGCACCAGGUCUGAGGCCAGUCACAAGGGGGAGGAAAGCAUCAUAGAGAAGUCUGUGCAUGCGGAGCUGGUCAUUCAAGAUCGUAGUAGGUUGACCACUGAUGAGGAAAUGGCUACGGGAAAGGUAAAAUGGGCCGUGUACUGGGAACUGUGCAAAGGUUUUGGGCCCCUGUACGCAGUGCUACUUAUAGCCCUGAUCACCUGUUACCAAGCCAUGAGUGGUGUGGCCAGUGUCUGGUUGACCAAUUGGAAUGAUGACCUUGACCUUGCCAACUUCACUUCAUUCCCGGCUGACAGUGAGGAGAGACGAGACAAGAACAACUACUUCCUGGGUGUCUACUCAGCGCUGGGGGUUUUGCAAACUUUCUUCGUUGUCGCGUACGCCGUUGUACUACAGAUUCGUCACAUUGCAGCCUCAAGAAAGCUACACAAUGAGCUGCUUGAGAGUGUGAUGCAUGCUCCCAUGAGCUUUUUCGACACAACACCUAUGGGACGCAUUCUCAACCGAUUCAGCCAAGACCUUGAGGUUCUUGAUAGCAACAUAACCAUGGAGUUUGAGACAAUCCUGGAAGCAGGGAUAGGUGCCCUGGCAACUAUGGUCGUCAUCGGUUAUUCCAUGCCCAUCUUCAUCGCCUUCAUCGUGCCCAUUGUCUUUGCUCUGUUCCUGCUGCAGCAACUGUACAUCCGUGCGUCGUGCCAGCUGCGCCGUCUGGCAUCCACCAAACACUCCCCUGUGUUCGCCCACUUCAGCGAGACUCUGUCCGGCGUGGGCGUGAUCAGGGCACACAGAGAACAGCUCAGAUUCAUCAACGACUCACAGACUAAGGUGGAUGACUUCCAGAAGUUUUCCUCUGUUUCAUUCGCUCUCAACAAAUGGCUGCAGGCCCGUCUGAUGGCAAUUUCAUGUGUUGUGGUGUUGACUGCGGGCCUUUUCUCUGUCCUGUCACGUGAUAGUAUGUCCCCCGCCCUGGUCGGCCUUGCUGUCACUUACGCCCUCAGGAUUUCAACUCAAUUCAAUUUGACAGUUCGUAUUUUUGGUGACGUGGAGACCCACGUAGUGUCUGUGGAGAGGAUGAGAGAGUACUCGGUACUUGCCAGUGAGGCUUCUUGGGUUAGCUCCAAAGACAAAAAAGACUCUAGCCAUUGGCCCUCUGAAGGGAAAAUCGAGUUUUUGAAUUACAGUACCCGCUAUCGUCCAGGUCUCGACCUUGUUCUUCGAGGUCUUACCUGCACAAUUAACCCAGGAGAAAAGGUGGGUAUUGUAGGUCGUACAGGAGCAGGCAAGUCCUCCAUGGUCCUCUCACUGUUCCGACUCAUCGAAUCAGCCGGUGGUCAGAUCCUGAUUGACGGACUAGACAUUGCUAGCCUGGGGCUACACACUCUCCGCAGGAACGUCACAAUUCUGCCUCAGGAACCUGUGCUGUUUGUUGGCACACUUCGAGACAACUUGGACCCGUUUGGAGAGAAAACUGACAAGGACAUAUGGACAGCUCUCGAACACUCUCACCUGAAACUGUUUGUGGAGAGUUUACCACAGCAGCUGGACCACGAAGUUGGGGAAGGGGGAGAAAACCUCAGGAUCAUGGUUCUAGAUGCAGGUCGCAUCAUUGAGUUUGACAGCCCUGACAAUCUGCUAUUAGACCCUCAGUCAGCAUUUUAUUCAAUGGCUCAACAGGCAAAUCUUGUCUGAAGAUGAAAAUCCAAUCAUGCACAUUAUUUUAAAAUGUCCUGUUGGGCAUGAAGACUGGACUUUAAAAAAAUCCCUCUUCAUUUUUUGUG